UUUGUUUGUACCCGCAGCGAAGAAGAAGAAACCACUAGGACAGUGGAGGGUGGAGGAAAAAAAAAAAAAGCGGAGCAACUACUCCUGUUUACAACCACAUAAUGGAGUCCAAAUGGCCAAAUACGAUUCGCAAGCGUAUAUUAUUUACUGGAUUUACGCUUUGUGUUGUUUUGGUCACAAGACCCACGUCUGCGAUCGAGAUACACGCUGAUCCUGAGGUGAUAGUACAGAACGGUACCACGGGGAUUCUUCGAUGCACCUUUAGGUCCAGCGAAGUGGUCAGCUCGGCCACCACGGUGACCUGGAACUUUCAGUCGAGUCAUCCCGACAGUCAGUACUACAAAUCUCCAUACGUGAUUUUCUACUUUACAAGUGGGAGAGGAUUCCCAGGGUCAGAGGAGUUCAAAGACCGCGUGCAGUUUAUCGGGGACAUCAACAAGAGGGACGUCUCGAUACAGCUGAGCCCAACUUAUUUCAGCGACAACGGCACGUUUUUCUGUGACGUGAAGAACCCCCCAGAUGUGAUGGGGACGCAGGCUCGAACCGAGCUCAGGGUCGUGCUGAAAGAGUCUUAUUCGCAGAACAACACCACGCUUAUAGUUGCAGGAGUUUGUGGUGCUUUAUUGGUGCUUGUGCUGAUUGCUGUGGCGGCCUGCAUUGUCAUGAGGGUACUUCACAACCGCCAUGAUUACGAAGGCUGUACGUCCUUGGAAAGCGUGAACUCUCAGGCUCCACAGCCUCGAAAGAAGGUGGAGUCCAGAGUGGAGGGCUCCAGAUCUACCAGUCCCUCGGGUCCGCUACAGGGCCCGGUGAUAUACGCCCAGUUGGAUCACUCAGGCAGCAAAAACUCCUUCCAUAAGAUGGAGCCCGUGGUCUAUGCUGACAUUCGUAAAAACUGAAGAGGAACCGGGGACCAAAUAAAGGAAAAAAAAAAAAAAGUAAACAAAAAUCCAGUAAAAUAUGAGACCUCUCUAUCAGCUGCUCUUGGGAAGGGUGGGGAUAUCUCAACAGGGACACAAGUGGUGCAGUUUCUCUCUCUCUCUCUAUUUCUCUCUCUUUAAAAUUUUGUCCUCUGAAAGCAUGAUGAUAUUAUACGAUAAAGUAAUGUCUCCAUGUGCUUUGUUGUAAAAACAAAAGAGAAAAAAAGCUAUGAAAACACUCAAAGUCGAUGUUCCACUACUCCGUUACAUCAAAACUGUUCUCCAAAAAAAA